GCAAGUCUGAUUGCAGUCUCCCAUUGUAUGGUCCGGAAGCAGGCAAUGUCUGCUGCGACGAUAGGACUCGGAGUCGGAACCGUUCCGACUCACCGAGUCACCAUGGCCACCCAUUCCUCCAGCGCACUUCCUCCGUUGCACGGUAUCAUCUUUCUCAGGACGUGGCCGGCGAGGCGACGGCUUCUCCGGGUUAACUCUCUUAGAACCCGUUCCUCCCUGCUCAGUGUACAAGCGUCGUCCGCGGACGAAUCUCUCUCACCAGGAAAAGGUCUUGAGAAUGUAGUAAUUAUAGGUUCAGGCCCUGCAGGAUAUACAGCAGCAAUAUAUACAGCACGUGCCAACUUGAAGCCUGUAGUGUUUGAGGGGUACCAAGUGGGUGGUGUUCCUGGGGGUCAGUUGAUGACUACAACUGAGGUAGAGAAUUUUCCGGGAUUUCCAGAUGGGAUAAGUGGUCCUGAUCUGAUGGACAGGAUGCGGCGUCAAGCUGAGCGAUGGGGAGCGGAACUGUUUCAAGAAGAUGUUGAAGUGAUUGAUGUAAAAAGCCGUCCUUUUACCGUACAAAGUAGUGAACGCAAGAUUAAAUGCCAUACUAUCAUUGUUGCUACCGGAGCUACUGCAAAAAGACUUAGGCUGCCCCGAGAAGAUGAAUUUUGGAGCCGGGGAAUCAGUGCUUGUGCUAUUUGUGAUGGAGCAUCACCUCUCUUUAAAGGCCAAGUUCUUGCUGUUGUUGGAGGUGGAGAUACGGCUACUGAGGAAGCAUUAUACUUGACUAAAUAUGCUCGUCAUGUUCACUUGCUUGUACGUGGGGACCAACUAAGGGCUUCUAAAGCAAUGCAAGAUAGAGUGUACAACAAUCCCAAUGUCACCGUGCACUUCAAUACAGAGGCUGUGGAUAUUGUGAGCGAUGCUAAAGGACAGAUGUCUGGUAUUUUAAUUCGAAAGGCUAAUACUGGGGAGGAAUCUGUGCUCGAGGCAAAAGGGCUAUUUUAUGGCAUAGGUCAUUCGCCAAAUAGCCAACUAUUGCAAGGCCAAGUUGAGCUAGACCACUCUGGUUAUAUAGUAGUUGAGGAGGGUACUGCAAAAACUUCAGUGGAAGGUGUAUUUGCUGCUGGAGACGUGCAGGACCACGAAUGGAGGCAGGCCGUUACUGCUGCUGGAUCUGGAUGUAUUGCUGCUUUAUCUGCUGAGAGAUAUCUUGUGAGCAAAGAUCUUCUUAUAGAGUUCCAUCAGCCCAAAACUGAAGAGGUCAAGAAAGAACUCACGGACAGAGACGUUCAAGAGGGCUUUGACAUCACACUUACAAAACACAAGGGACAGUACGCCCUACGGAAACUGUACCAUGAAAGUCCAAGGCUUAUAUGUGUACUAUAUACAGCACCAACGUGUGGUCCGUGUAGGACUUUGAAGCCAAUUCUUAGCAAGGUGAUUGAUGAAUUUGAUCAGGAGGUUCAUUUUGUCGAAAUUGAUAUAGAAGAAGACCCAGAAAUAGCGGAAGCUGCUGGUAUUAUGGGUACACCAUGUGUGCAGUUUUUCAAAAACAAGGAGAUGCUUAGGACCGUUUCAGGAGUCAAAAUGAAGCGGGAGUAUAGAGAUUUCAUUGAAGAAAAUAAAUGAUGUAUUUCAAACGUUCAAGGUUUUGAUUUAAUUUUGUUCUCUUUUAAGAAAAUGGCCGGUUGGGUAAUGCUGUCAAUUUUGACUAUUGUUCCUUUUACUAAUUACCAACUUCUUUGAUUGUACUUGUACAUGCAGAGUUGCAAUUGUUUUUUUCCUCUGGUGAAAUGCAAUUUUUUUUUGUGGGUUCUACU